AUGAACGCAGCGGUCGCCUACAGGGCAUCCCUAUACGGCCUGGAUCAGCCGUUGGGACUCCCACCCGUCAACUGGGUCCAGUACAAGAAUGAUUGUGCCCAAGAGGCUACCACCAAACCCGAGUCAAUAUUCGACGUCGAAUGGGAGCAAGAUGUGGAGGUUCCCACCGUCACGGAGCAGGCCCUGCGUAUGGUCACGAUCUUUCCAUACAGAGAUGCAGUCUGGGUCGUCAAAAUCUUCUUGACGCUAGGUGGGACUCUCAUGGCCCUCGCCGCCACCUUCGCCGUCGUGACAGCUCAAAGGCUGGCCAGAGGGGAGAAGGUCUCACCACAAACCAUCGGGUUCGACAUCAACGCUGCCGUAAUCCUCACCACCGACCUGGGCCUCAUCCUCCUGCUGAUCGGCGGCACUCUGGGCCUUGUCGCGAUCCUCAACGCGCACCGCGGUGCCAUGGAGCCUCUUGACAUCAAGAUCGGUGCCCUCGAGCCGCCGAAAGCAUACAAGCCGGCCCUGCUGGGUGCCAAGUCCUGGGUGUGGCUGCCAACCAGACCCGACCUGACGGCACUCUGGGCCAAGAUCCCCUUCCGCGCGGCCUUCGUCAACUGGAUCGGCCUCAUCGUGCUCAACGUCGUGGACGUCACCACCAUCCCGGGCCUCUUCGACCCGGCCGACAAACAACGGAUCCUCCUGGCCGUCCAGCUCCCAUUGUUCAUCGGCUUUGUCCUACUAGUCGUGGCCAACUUUACUCUGGUUAUGUGGCUGCAGGAGAGGUGGUACAAGCCCAAGUGGCAGAAGGCCGCGUGGCUGAGCGCCUUCCUCGCCACGUUCGCUUCGGUCAGCCUGACACUGUCGACACUCUACCAGUUUGCCGGGAUGGUUCUUUCUGGUGCGCUGGCUACAUUGGUCGGCCGGUGGGUUUUCUUUGUGGCGAUCCUUAUCGGAUUCUACGAUCUCAUGGCGUUUCAUCCUAAUGCUUGGGCUGGUUUUGCGAUUGGCGGUCGUCAAUGA